AUGGCGACCCAAGCACCACCGGCUUACAACAGCGACACGAAGGCUGGAGACGACGAAGUCAAGGCCGACGAAGGCGUCGCCUCGGGGGACAGUACCGAGAACAGCAACAUCAGCAACAAGGCCGCCGGCGACGACAAGGACAAGGCCGACGAUGGCCUCACCAACUUCAAGCCCACGCCCCGCUUCUGGGCCAUCCCCGUCACCUGCGCCGUCAUCGGUCUUCUCAGCGCCCUGGAAAACACCGUCGUCACCACGGCCCUGCCUCAUAUCGUCGCCGAGCUGGAGAUGGGCGAAAACUACGUCUGGAUCACCAAUGUCUUCUUCCUCACAGGGGCCGCCGUCCAGCCGCUUUUCGGCCAACAGGCCAACAUCUACGGCCGUAGAUGGGUGACCAUGGCCAUCGUUGCCUUCUUCACGCUCGGCAGUGGCAUCAGCGGCGGUGCCACCAACGGCGCCAUGCUCAUCGCCGGUCGCGCCGUCCAGGGCAUCGGCUCGGGAGGCAUUUACAUCAUCAUCGAUAUCAUCGUGUCCGACCUGGUGCCGCUGCGUGAGAGAGGCAACUACAUGUCUGUCGUCCUCAUCGUCUAUACAGUCGGCCUGGCCAUCGGCCCCUGGGUCGGCGGAAUUAUCGUCGAGACGACCACCUGGCGCUGGAUCUUGUGCUUGACAAUUCCGAUUGGCGGCGCGUCCAUGAUCAUGAUCUUCCUCUUCCUCCGAACCGCGUACAACCGCGGUGAGACGCACCUUCAGAAGCUGGGGCGCAUCGACUACACCGGCAACGUGAUCCUGAUGGCUUCCACCGUCGCCAUUCUCUACACAACCACAUAUGGCGGCACGACUUACCCGUGGUCAUCGGCUCGGAUCCUAUCGCCGCUCCUAAUUGGACUUGCGGGCUUCGCCCUCUUCGGCUUUUACGAGACCAAGGCCAAGGAGCCGGUGAUGCCACCCAAUCUAUUCAGCAGCCGCACCACCCUCGUCAUCUUCGUCGCCACCUUCCUCAACUCGACCAUGAUAUACUGGAUACUCUUCUUCUUGCCCGUCUACUUCCAGGCCGUGCUCAGCGCGUCGGCGUCCCAGUCGGGCGUCGACAUCCUGCCCGUCAUCCUCUUCGGCCUGCCCGGCUCCAUCGUCGCGGUCACAUCAAGCCGUCGACCCAGACUUCUUGCCUUAAUCCUAUAG